CUUGACGCUUAACGCUUCCAAGACAAACUCAGACUGACUUGUUGUCACUUCCUCUCCACUUCCACUUCCACGACCUCUUGUUUCUUCAAACAGCUGGCUGUUACCGAGCCUCUUUCGUCUUUUACGUCGCCAAACUACACCAUUUACCACUUCUCACGACGUUCUCUGGCAACUCUAUCUGCACAAGUCUUCAACUUACAUGCGCCACGCCUUGUUCAAUGUCCGGGCAAUUUCAACAAGCGGUGCCCAGUCCUUUGAUCUGAUCAGGCUGCUUCCAACCUUUUGAAACCACUGUUCCAACUCUGAUCAUCAGUCAACCCAACUACGCCGCCCUGCAAUUCAUCUGCAAACGUUAACAAAUCUUUCCCUCGUCGAACGAAACGAAACCCAUUGUCAUUGUCGUCGCUGUCGCCUUCAAUCGAUCACUGUGCAGGUUGACUUGAAUCUCCCCAACCACCCCACCAUCGACUUCUCUCGAGCUAUCAUUCAACCUCACUGCUUCCCAAGCAUCGUGUACACCGACAGUUGUCAACGGUGUACAGCAUUCAGUCCAAUUCAAAGGAGGCUGGUUCGUCGCAACUGUCGUGUUCAUCGCCAACCCGCUACUAGUCAUCGUUGUGUGAUACCUCUAGCCAAUUCCAUCCUUGUUCUCACUACUCUCUCCAUAGCACCACACCAGUCUCGCUGCAUCUGGCUUAUUCGUAUAUCCGACAAGUCUCCAGCAUCACGUCGCCCUGCAGCAUCCAAGGUCACCUUCACCACUGACCAAAAGUGCGCCUGCCUCACUAUCAGACAUCUAUCUGCACAGCCACCCGCGACCAACUCCAAUUUCAGGCAAUGCGAUACUACCCUUGACGUCUGUUUGCCUGCUCGGACUGGAUUUGCUUUGUCGUGUAGGACAGCUUCUGACAACUCCUCUUAUCUUCCGGGCAACAGACACCCUUGGACAAAAUGACUUUCAAGCCCCAAGGGCCUCGUCAUGCCGUGUCCCCAAGUCACAUCGCUUCAUCACCAUCCACUCUACAGCAUUCGUACUUGGACCCUUCAACCCAGUCUGGAAACAGGUCUGCCAAAGGCCAUCCCAACCCCAGUUCAAAUGUUACAUCUAACCCGUUGUUGCAACUAGACCCAGUCAACGCCUCAAGGGGAAGCACUACAGCUUGGGAUAGUAGUGAUCGGCCCGACGCGCCCUCCUUCCAGGUCCAGGACGACUGGAUGCCAAUAUACGGCUCUGGCGACGGCUUUUCUCAGCACGACCCUUCUUUCGACGAUUUCCUCACCACAGCAGGCUCUUCCGAGAAUCCUCUGAGUGAACAUACUACCCCUCAGGAGCUGAUCUGGGAGCGAGAAUUCAUGGCACAAGGCAAUUCCCAACCUCAAGUCUUUGAUCCAUAUAGCGACAGAAUCAAUGAUUAUGCCCACGCACCAGCUGCAGGAUCCGACCUUCAUGCUGCUUUUGAUAUGGAGGACCAAUUCCAGAAAGAAUAUUCUAACACGAAUAUAAUGGGCUACGAACCGAAUGACCCACCCUCAGGAGUAAUCACUCCCCAGAGCAUGCCUCCGACCGAUUCAUGUGCCAGCCACCAACAUAAGAGACAUUCACAGGCGUUAACUGUCAAUACCUCACCAAAUAACCAUCUCUCGCCCCGUCAGCAAGUCCGCCCAUCUCAACAAUCCCAAUCAGAGCAUAGAUUCUCAGUCUCGGGCCCCACCGUCACGAUUUCGAGCUAUGAGCCCUCCGAAGGAAAUGACUACCUCUCUCACAAACCGUAUUCCGCUACCAAGCGUCACCGGGACAGUGAUUCGCCUGAUGAUGACGAUGGCGAGGAGCUUUUGGAUGGCCAAUAUAACAGCGGAGAUCUCUCUCCGGCACAUUUGAUGCCCCCGGAUCUGAGUGACGUCGGGACCCUUCGGUCGAUUCCAAUCACAUCUGAAAGACUGGGACAAGACCCCUCUCAAAGAACCGACGAAAUAGUCUCCUCUUUCAAAGAAUUGGAGCUGGAGCGCGAACUACAGGAAAAGAAAGCAGACGUGGUGACCUGGCUGUCCAAGAGUGAGCCUAGAGACGACGCUGGUGACAAUAUUUCUUCCACUAUCAGCCGUCAGCGAUCUCGCUCUCGUGCCGGCUCAGCAAGAGGCAACAUUACGCCAAACCUUCAUCAACUGUCAGGAUUUAACACCUACCCUGAUAUUCCUGGCCCAGGACUUCUCCUCGAAGUGGAUAGUGACGAUGAAGAUCUCGACAGUGUCUCAGCCACAUCCUCCGCGCUCGACGCCAUAACGAAGCUGGCUGUAGACGAAUAUCGUGAGCAGGAUCAAGCUGCACCUUAUGCAGAUGAUGAGCUCCAAGCUGUCAACUCGCCUGAGCAGACUUCAUUUCCAACCCUAGAGACCGAUCUUCCUCCUGAAUUGCAGGAGCCUCUUCCCCGUCAAUUUGUUCGGCGAGCUCCUUGGCAAGAUCCUGCCAGUGCCGGCAUCAGCAAUGAAAAGACUCAACCGACAUCUUCAAAUGCAGCUGCCUACAAAUUCAAUCAGGAGGCGGUUAAAUGGGAGUCCGCUUCCAGAGCAGCUACGUGGGGUACCCGUCGUCGAUUGAGUGAAACCGACAUCAACGCGGUUGUCGAUGGAAGCAAAGUUCGCCAUCCUUCAUUAUCCAAACGUGGACGUGAUCGUACAAGCAGCUUCUUGAGCAAAGCUCGGGGUCUCCUACCGCGCCGCAGCAGCAGUAAUAUCAAAGCAGAGCUGCCCCACGGGGAAGACGUGAAAAUAAGCCCUGGCCACGCUCACAAUGGCUCUGUGAGUACCGUCAAGUCGUUACCACGAAAUGGCAGCUAUAGCAACCCCAUGUCUCCUCCGCUUAACAGCGGCAGCGCCAACUUCGUCAAAAGUGGAAGGCCGCUCCAAUCGUUGAGAAAGCAUCGCAGCAAGAGCGAUGUGUCGAACAAAAAGUCAACAACCUUGGGUUUGGCGGAGUUGAUGACAAUCCAUGGAGGCCCCCCCGUUCCUACUUUGGCUUCUCCCAUGCACGAACGGGAAUCAAUCUUGGCUGCUCAAGUCAUUGACAAUGAGGACGCCCAGAUCGAUGAUGAAGAUGAUGAACAGGCGGACGACACCGCCAUCCGCAUGGAUCUUGAAGUACGUGCCGAGGAGAUUGAGCCGACCCUUGAGGGAUUCAAAGGCCAUGCUCGCAAGCUCAAUCCUCGACUUGAGCCUUUUUUGAUUGAACGCAUUGGUCAGGAACAACUGCGGCGGUACAAGAACUUGCUGGAUGCCAAAGUCAAGCAUAUCAAGGCUGUGCAAACUACACAAAAGUGUACUUCCGGGAAAUACUGCUUCCAGCUCGGUGGAGAGGCAGUUCAGCUCAGUCCUCGCGUGAGCUCCAAAGAUCCAGAGACCACACUAACGCAAUUUCAAGUUAACGCAUCAGGUGCCAAUGGCAUUGAUGACGCAGAAAGUGCUGAUGGGAUAGUCACCCCAGCCCUUUUCCCUUCCGGGAUACCUUUGCCCCCUGUCAAAAGGCUACCCGCAGCAUUUGAAUGCCAGCUGUGCUUCAGGGUGAAGCAGGGUGGUUUUCAAAAGCCUUCGGAUUGGACCAAGCAUGUGCAUGAAGAUGUGCAGCCAUUCUCCUGCACCUUUCCCAAUUGCACCGAAUCCAAGUCCUUCAAGCGAAAGGCCGACUGGGUUCGCCAUGAGAAUGAACGGCACCGACACCUUGAGUGGUGGGAAUGUCGUCAUGAUGGUUGCUCCCAUCGAUGCUUCCGCAAAGACAAUUUUGUCCAACACCUUGUGCGCGAGCACAAGAUGAAAGAGCCGAAGAGUCGCGCAUCCGGGAGCAGCAAGAACAAAGCAGUACGUAACCGAGCAGAACUGGAGGACGCCGAAACGUGGAAAAUGAUCGAUUCUUGCCGUUUUGAGACCACGAAACAGGCACGAGAAGAACCGUGCCGGUUUUGCGGCAACGUUUGCCCGACAUUCAAAAAACUAUCUGUUCAUAUGGCGAAACACAUGGAGCAAAUUGCCAUGCCAAUCCUCGAAUUGGUACGGAUGGCGCAGGUGGGUGCGGAUACCAUUAUCAGUCCCAUCGAACAGACUAAGGGCUUUCCUUCUGGACACGUGGCUAUGACACAAACGAGCAACGACAUGCAUAACCUUUCACCUUACCCGACCAGUGCGUCGGUCUAUCAGAAUUCCUCAGCCGGACACUCUCCGACUUCGAUGCACGGAAGAAGUCACAGUGACAACCACGGGAUGGCCGCCGGUUACUACAAUGUCCCGAUCACAGGGAUGGACUUUGCCCCGUAUCCUGGAGGCCAGAUGUACCAGGAUGGAAAUCAACUUUACGGACCGAGUAUCGACUACACACCGAGCCCGGUCCGAAGCAGCAACGAGCACAGCGUCUCUCCGCAUGGACACUUUGUGACACCGCGGUCACAGCCAAUGACGCAGGGACAAUCCGGCGCGUACUUUAACCCGAAUGUCACGUAUGCACAAGAACAGCUUCAAACAAUGUACACCAUUCCUUAUCCUUCGCAAUUGUUGCAAGAUGGACAGUCGGCUUUGGGGUUGGAUCCACAAUCAGGUCUGGGGCUUCAGUCAAUGAAUCACAUGCCGCAUCAACAGGUUUACGGAGCAACGGGCGGCGUUGGACGAAGACAACAUAUGCCAUAUGGAUGAUGUUUGGGGCCUCGCCGGUAGAGUUGUGGGGCUAGGAUUUAUCCCCGAAGUGAGGCGAGAUAUGGCAGGAUAUGAGGAAGACGCAUCUCCAUUUUUAUGAUGUAUGACGAGAAAUGUAUGAAAGCUAAUUAUGAUACCCAUUCGCC